UAAUGUUUAGAUUCCAUCGUAUACCCAAAUAUUUCCUUUCUCUUCACGAGUAUUAAACAGCAGAGUUUUUCAAGUCUUUUUCACUCCCAAUUCCACCUGGAAGAAUUUGUAAGACCCCAGACGAAGCCUAUAAGUCAGCUUAAAAAAUCAUUUAAGAGGGAUCAGAUCGAAAUUCAUUCACAGAUGUUGUUGUAAAGGCUUAAUGUCAUACUGGUGGAAGAGGAAAAGGAUAUUUUAAAGAAAAUGGAUUUAAUAGUGUACCAGUGAAUAUCUAUUUAGGGAAUACACAUCGCCUCUACUCCAGAAGAUGUAAGAGAAUACGCUAGUAAAAUGUUGGGAAACACAUUAAUAACCAAACAAACUGGAAGUUUAGGAAAGAAGUGUGAAAUGGUUUAUGUGGUAGAAAGAAACUUUUUAAGGAAGGAAUUGUAUUUAUCAAUUCUUUUGGACAGAAAUACAGGAGGACUAGGAAUUGUAGCUUCUGAAAAGGGAGGUAUACACAUUGAAGAGAGUGAUCCUAAUUAUAUUAAGAAAUUCUCAAUUGAGAUGCCUAGCAAUGUGGAUGAUAUUGAUUAUACGAUUUAUGAAAAGGUUUCAAAAGUAUAUAAAUUGAAUCCAAUAUAGCAUAAUUAGAUGAAAGAUGUAAUUACAUGUUUAAUCAUAUUUAGAUUUUGAAAAAGAUGUUUGAUAUCUUUUUAUAAACUGAUGCAACAUUGUUAGAAAUUAAUCCACUUGGAAUUGACUUGUAAGGUAAUUUGAUUAUUUGUGAUCAAAAACUUAACAUUGAUGAUAAUUCUCAAUUUAGACAACAUGCUAUCUUUCAUAUGGAAGAUGUAAGGUAAAAAGAUUGGAAAGAAGUUGAAGCAUAGAAACAUGGAUUAAAUUAUAUUGCUUUGGAUGGAAAUAUAGGUUGUAUGGUAAAUGGGGCAGGAUUAGCUAUGGCUACAAUGGAUUUAAUCAAAUAAUAUGAUGGAUCACCUGCAAACUUCUUGGAUGUUGGUGGGAAAGCUACUGAUUAAGAAAUUGUUUCUGCACUCAAAAUUAUGGAUAAAGAUCCUAAUGUUGAAGCCAUUCUUGUCAAUAUAUUUGCUGGUAUAGCUAGGUAAUGAUAUAUAAUCAUUAUUUUUAAGAUGUGAUUAAAUUGUUUUAGGACUAUUGAAAGGUUUGACAAUUUUGGGAAUGAAGAAGCCUAUGGUGUUAAGAAUGAAGGGAACAAAAAUAGAAGAGGCUAAGAAAUUAAUUGAUGAGUCAGGAUUCAAUAUGAUGUUUACUGAAGAUUUAGAUGAGGCAGCUAAGAAAGCCGUUAGAAUGGCAGCAAUUUUAAGAUUAGCUAAAGAAGCAAAUAUAAAUGUAAAUUUAACAAGUUGAU